AUGACUCGCUUUGUGUUUAACGUGGACUGCAGGGAUCGGUUGGAUCCUCCAAUCCCUAAAUCAUAUUUGGGGAAUUGUGUCAGACGUUGUGUGGUGAAUACAGAAAAGACUGAUCUGAUGAGAGGAGGAGUAGCUGUGGCAGCACGGUUGAUAAGAGAUGUGGUUCAAGAGAAGAUGGACAAAGGAAUUUUGAGAGGAAUGGAGCAUAGCGUUUCAGAGUUGUUGGAAUACCAGUCUGGUCGAAUUUUGGUAGCUGCAGGGUCACCACAGUUAGGGUUUUACAAGACAGAUUUUGGGUUUGGGAGGCCAAAGAAGGUGGAGAUGGCAUCAAAUGAUAAAACAGGAGCCAUGUUUCAGAAAGAGAGCCAUAAUGCAGAUGCUGGGAUUGAGUUUGAUUUGGUUCUCGAUAGGAAGACGAUGAAUGUCUUUGUUUCUGCUUUUGUUGAUGGGUUUAAUGCUCUAACAUACUAUAUGAAUCCAACGUAUUACUACUCCCAUGAUCUUGGGCUAGACAUAGAAUUGUUAGAGGCAGUUCAAACUAUUACUGCGAAGUCAGAGCUCAAUCCAAAGACACAAUCUGCUUGCAAAGUUGAGAAUGUUUUGAUUGCUAAAUUUGUUAAGUUUUACUAA